AGAGUAUGAAUUUGGAUUAACUACGAAUUUGUGUAUCCAUGGUUUUAGAUUAGUGAAGUGACAUGGUUGACGAGUGCACACUCCUUGGUGAAUUGAACGGUUGACCGGUUCAAUUCUACGACUAAUGAAUCAAACCAAACGACAACUCAAAAAUUUCCACGCCAACCCAUUUAAUCACAAAAUAUUAAUUAAUGUUGAAUUCAUCUUUAUCUCAAAUCAAUUUUCCCACUUUCUCAGCCUUUGUUGAAGAUGCUGAAGGUUUCUGAGGAGAGUUUGGUGGAAUCAGUGAAUGAACGUGUUGUUGUGAUAUUGAGGAAAAAUGAAGAGGGUGAGGUUGUUGAGAAGGUUGAUCUUUCUGGUAUUAUGUUGAGGAUUCUUCCUGAGGCGUUUGGGAAGAUUAAAGGUUUAAUUGUGCUUAAUUUGUCUCAUAAUCACUUACAGGCGAUUCCGGAUUCGAUAGCAGAACUAAAAAAGCUUGUGGAGCUUGAUGUUUCGUCUAAUCUUUUAGAGUUUUUACCAGACUCCAUUGGAUUGUUAAUCAAUCUAAAGAUCCUUAAUCUGUCAGGGAACAAGCUAACUGCUCUUCCAGAAUCCAUUUCUCUUUGCAGGUCACUAGUUGAACUGGAUGCAAGUUUUAACAACUUAGUGUGUCUGCCAACAAACAUGAGCUAUGGACUCAUUAACCUUGAGAAGCUCUUGAUUCAUUUAAACAAGAUACGAUUUCUUCCUGCAUCGAUUGGAGAAAUGAAAUCUCUCAGAUAUCUUGAUGUUCAUUUCAAUGAGCUUCAUGGCUUACCUCAAUCAAUUGGAAAGCUAACAAAUCUUGAAUAUCUAAACAUAGGCAGUAAUUUCAAUGACAUGACACAGAUUCCUGAAACAGUUGGCAAUCUGGUUAACUUAACAGAACUAGACCUCAGCAACAACCAGAUCAGAGAACUUCCUUACUCGUUUUGCAGGCUUGAAAAACUAACAAAGCUGAAUGUGGAUCAGAAUCCGAUCGUCGUUCCCCCGUUCGAAGUUGUUAAUCAAGGAACUGAGGCUGUCAAGGAGUUCAUGGCUAAGAGGUGGCUUGAACUUGUUGAAGAGCAACAGAAAAACAUGGCUGAAACUCAAAAUCAGCAAGCGCAGACAGGAUGGAUAGCGUGGGGAGCCUCAUUGUUGAAUAAUGUUGUCGAGGUUUCUGAAAGCGUUGCGGGAUAUUUUGGCCUUGGAAAAGCUCCUAGAGCCUCAUGGUUGGAUCAACAGUAGUGAUUGAUAUACAUAUAUUUACUCUUGUUUUGAGUUUCUGUAUGUUCAUUCACUAGUUACAUAAUGUUGUGGGAUGUAUAUUGGUCAUAGAGCUUUUGGAUUUUACCAAUGCUUGUAAGUCUAAGGCUAUGUUUGGUGACUUUACAAAAACAAAAUCACAGUGAUUCUGACAAAUCCACAACAGGAUAUCAAACAUACACUAAGUAAGGAAUAACUUGGUUUCCAUCUAAAGUCUUGUGAAUAAAAAAUUAAGUGCUUGGGUAGCUUUGUA